AUUGGCUGGCUGGGGCGCAGCUUGAUGGCGUCGGGCUGGCGAGCGGAGGUCCUGGCAGUGGCCCGCGGGCGACAGCUGCCAGUGUGAGGGGGCCCGUGGUCAGAGCGUGCUGUGGCCUUGGGGAGUGGGAAGUGGAGGCACGAGCCCUCCUUAUACUUCGCCAUGAGUUUCCUGAUCGACUCCAGCAUCAUGAUUACCUCCCAGAUACUUUUCUUUGGAUUUGGGUGGCUUUUUUUCAUGCGACAACUGUUUAAGGACUACGAGGUGCGUCAGUAUGUGGUACAGGUGAUCUUCUCUGUGACUUUUGCAUUUUCUUGCACCAUGUUUGAGCUCAUCAUCUUUGAAAUCUUAGGAGUAUUGAAUAGCAGCUCCCGUUAUUUUCACUGGAAAAUGAACCUGUGUGUAAUUCUGUUGAUCCUGGUUUUCAUGGUGCCUUUUUACAUUGGCUAUUUUAUUGUGAGCAACAUCCGACUAUUGCAUAAACAGCGACUGCUUUUUUCCUGUCUCUUAUGGUUGACCUUUAUGUAUUUCUUCUGGAAACUAGGAGAUCCAUUUCCCAUUCUCAGCCCAAAACAUGGGAUCUUGUCCAUAGAACAACUCAUCAGCCGGGUAGGUGUGAUUGGAGUGACUCUCAUGGCCCUUCUUUCUGGAUUUGGUGCUGUCAACUGCCCAUACACUUACCUGUCCUACUUCCUCAGGAAUGUGACUGACACAGAUAUUGUAGCCCUGGAACGGCGACUACUCCAAACCAUGGAUAUGAUCAUAAGCAAAAAGAAAAGGAUGGCAAUGACACGGAGGACUAUGUUCCAGAAGGGGGAGGUGCAUAACAAACCAUCAGGAUUCUGGGGAAUGAUAAAGAGUGUUACCACUUCAGCACCAGGAAGUGAAAAUCUUACUCUUAUUCAACAGGAAGUGGAUGCUUUGGAAGAACUAAGCAGGCAGCUUUUCCUGGAAACGGCUGAUCUAUAUGCUACCAAGGAGAGAAUAGAAUACUCCAAAACUUUCAAGGGGAAAUAUUUUAAUUUUCUGGGUUACUUUUUCUCUAUUUACUGUGUUUGGAAAAUUUUCAUGGCAACCAUUAAUAUCGUUUUUGACCGAGUUGGGAAAACUGAUCCAGUCACAAGAGGCAUUGAGAUCACUGUGAAUUAUCUGGGGAUCCAAUUUGAUGUGAAGUUCUGGUCCCAACACAUUUCCUUCAUUCUGGUUGGAAUAAUCAUUGUCACGUCUAUCAGAGGACUGCUGAUCACUCUUACCAAGUUCUUUUAUGCCAUAUCCAGCAGUAAGUCCUCCAAUGUCAUUGUCCUACUAUUAGCACAGAUAAUGGGCAUGUACUUCGUCUCCUCUGUGCUGCUGAUCCGAAUGAGCAUGCCUCUGGAGUACCGCACCAUAGUCACCGAAGUCCUUGGAGAACUACAGUUCAACUUCUAUCACCGUUGGUUUGAUGUCAUCUUCCUGGUCAGUGCUCUCUCCAGCAUACUCUUCCUCUAUUUGGCCCACAAACAGGCACCAGAGAAGCAUAUGGCACCUUGAACUCAUGGCUAUUAUAGACUGCUACAGGCCAGUGGUGUCAGAAUUUGGAUAUAAGAGGGAAAAAAUGGAGGGGACCGGGGCCUAACAUUUUUUAAACAAACAAAAUGCUAUGGUAGCAUAUUCUACCUCCAGCUUAUACCUUCCUCCUCCGAUGAUACUGUGAUCAUGAGUAGCACCAGCUACUCAUGAUCACAGAAAUGAGAGAGAGAAGUAACUCAAGCUAGUACUCAGCCAAGAGCACCCUGUUUGGGUUUGAGGCUGGUGCAGUAUGCUGGGUGGUGGGACUGGACAGAGCCAAGAAACUAAGGGGAGAAAAUACACUGGAAUUCUGGGCUAAGAGAGAUCUAAGGUAGCUGGGCCAAACACAUGAGAUUCUGUUCAAGUCAAGGAUCACAUGGAGAAGGUUAUGACGUUCCCUUGAGAUUGACUAUCAUUAAAAUCAGAGAUUGUUAACACUUUGGACUUAGCAUCAUUUUAUCGAGGAUAGCUUGGUUAAAAAGUUAUGCUUGUGUGAUCUAAUAUGAAUUGGCAUCCUACCCUUCCUCCCCAACCCCUGUCCCCUUAAAAUAACCAAGAGGUUAUCUGUCCUGGGGAAGGAAUGGUAUGCAGCUGAACUAGAGUCUACCAAGAGAGACUUCAAAGUAUGUCAUUUUUCUUGAUUUCCUUUCAACUUAUUAUUUAAAAGUGAAUUACUCUAAAUUCAAGUCAGUGAUGAUAUCUCAUUUUUUCUUUUCAUUUGCCCCUCGUGCUGUGGGGUAAAACAAUGAAUAACUGCUAACUGGAAUAAGUCACUUUCCUAUCCUACGACUCAAUUUCUUCAUCUGUAAAAGGAAGCUGUUGGAAAAUUUUAGAACACUCAGAUAUGCAAUUUAAGAAAAUCCUGAAUUUUAUUACCAGGAAGUCUCUUUUUAUUACUUAGAUCUUAUUCUGAGUUUUAUUGUGUUUUGGGUUUCUAGAGGCAACAUGUAGGUUAAAGCAUAAAAAGUUUACCAAAAACAAAAGCACUAUUAAGGUUACAUCAGCUAACAGGCAAAAUUUAAGCAUACUCAAAAGGCAUUUUUAAUGGCAUUUAUUUUAGCAACAACAACAUUCUUACAAAGGAUAAUUUUAAUAGGCUUAUCUGCUCAGGUACUUUAAUUAGCAGUUCUCACAUAUACAAAUUUAUAAAUCAUCUUUGGUGCUCUAGGAACCUACAGAAGAGAUAACAGCAUAUGGAGAAAUGUAGUUAAGUUGAAGCUUGAAAGAAAUCAAAUGAAAAGCAUCUGGCUCCUGCCUUAACUUUUCCUAAGUUGACCAUAAAUAAGCUAUCUGCAGUAGCCGCCCCUAAAACAGAUGACAACAGAAGACAAUCGCACAUGACAAAACUGGUUUCCAGAGGAGUUCUUCUCUAACAGAGACAGUAAACUGGUGGUAGCUCAUUCCUUAGGAAAAGAUUCCUAUUAAAUACCCAGAAACAGCUAUCAGCCAAAGCUAUUACUUGUUCUCAUCACAUC